UUCUUUGAACUUUUCAGUAGAUAACAGAUGCGGGUGAAGGAUCCAUCAAAAGAUUUACCUGAGAAAGGCAAAAGAAAUAAAAGACCCUUGCUACCUCAUGACGAAGAUUCUUCAGAUGACAUUGCUGGUUUAACAUGCCAGCACGUCAGUCAUGCUGUCAGUGUGAAUCAUGUGAAGAAGGCAGUAGCUGAGAACCUGUGGUCAGUUUGUUCAGAGUGUUUGAAAGAGAGAAGAUUCUGUGAUGGACAGCCGGUACUUCCUUCUGAUGUUUGGUUGUGCCUCAAGUGUGGUUUUCAGGGAUGUGGUAAAAAUUCAGAAAGCCAGCAUUCACUGAGACAUUUCCAGAGCCUUGGGACUGAUUCCCAUUUUUUUGUCAUUAGCCUGAGUAGCUGGACCAUAUGGUGUUAUGAAUGUAAUGAAAAAUUAUUGACACAGUGUAACAAGAAGGUUUUGGCUCAGAUAGUUGACUUUCUCCAGAAACAUGUUUCUAAAACACAAACAGGUGCAUUUUCUAAAGUCAUAAAACUUAGUGAAGAAAAACGUGAAACGGGUGAAAUAAAGAAGGGAAGAAAAGGCAGCUGUGUGCCAUCUGUUAAAGGAAUUACAAAUUUAGGAAAUACUUGCUUUUUUAAUGCAGUCAUUCAGAACUUGGCGCAGACUCACGUUCUCUUUGAGCUGAUGAAUGAGAUAAAAGAGGACGGCACCAAACUCAAGAUUUCUCUUUCGUCAGCUCCGCAGCUGGAUCCGUUAGUGGUGGAACUUUCAAGCCCUGGACCAUUGACUUCAGCCUUGUUCCUGUUUCUUCACAGCAUGAAAGAGGCUGAAAAAGGACCACUUUCUCCUAAAGUUCUUUUCAACCAGCUUUGCCAGAAGGCUCCUCGGUUUAAAGGGUUCCAGCAACAGGACAGUCAGGAGCUUUUGCACCAUUUGCUGGAUGCAGUGAGGACAGAGGAGACAAAGAGGAUACAAGCUAGCAUUCUAAAAGCAUUUAACAACCCAACUACGAAGACUGCUGAUGAUGAAACUAGAAAAAAAGUCAAAGCCUAUGGAAAAGAAGGCGUGAAGAUGAACUUCAUAGAUCGGAUCUUUAUUGGUGAAUUAACUAGCACAGUCAUGUGUGAAGAAUGUGCAAAUAUCUCCACCAUGAAGGAUCCCUUCAUUGAUAUUUCACUUCCUAUUAUAGAAGAAAGGGUUUCAAAACCUGUACUUCUGGGAAAAAUGAAUAAAUGCAGAGGUUUACAGGAGACAGACCGAGAUCAUGACAACAGCACUGCUACUCUAGAAAGUACCCAUCAACCCAGAGCUGCCAAGAAGCAUCCGUCACCUAAAGAUAAGAAUCAACUAAGUCAUGACAGAAAGCAUGCAAGAAAAUCGCCAUCUGGAGAAGAGAAGACUGGUGUUCUGCGUCGUUCUGAAUCCGAGAGCGCUUCCAAGCAAACUGUGCUGUUCCGGGCUGGUUCCGACUCCUGCGGGCGCACAGAUCAGCACCUACACCUCUCACUGGCAAGUGAAUUGCCACAUACCACCGAGACUCACGGAGGCGACGAGGAGAUGGCUGAAGCGAUUGCCGAACUUCAUUUGGGCAGCACUGUCAUUGGAAAUAGAGAUUUUGACAGGGAAAAACAGCCACUGAAUAUCCCCAAUAAUUUGUGUUUUUCAGAGGGAAAACACAUGAAGUGUCAUAGCGCCCAAAAUGCUUUUCAGACUCUUUCUCAGAGCUAUGUGACUACUUCUAAAGAGUGCUCGGUGCAGUCCUGUCUCUACCAGUUCACGUCCAUGGAGUUACUAAUGGGCAACAACAAGCUUCUCUGUGAGGACUGUACGGAAAAGAAACAGAAGUGCCAAAGAGAAACCAGCUCUGCAGAAAAGAAAGCAGGAGGAGUUUAUACUAAUGCCAGGAAGCAACUACUAAUAUCUGCUGUUCCAGCUAUCCUAAUUCUUCAUCUUAAAAGAUUCCAUCAGGCUGGCUUGAGUCUUCGUAAAGUGAACAGACAUGUAGACUUUCCACUUAUCCUUGACUUAGCACCAUUCUGUGCCGCUGCUUGUAAGAAUAUAAAUGUGGGAGAGAAAGUUCUGUACGGUCUCUAUGGUAUAGUGGAACAUAGCGGCUCAAUGAGAGGCGGCCAUUACACUGCAUAUGUGAAAGUGAGAGUGCCCUCCAGGAAGUUGUCUGAAUAUAUUACUGGGAGAAAAACUGUACCAGGUUUGAAGGAACCUGACAGUGACUUGGGUAGCCACUGGGUCCACAUCAGCGACACUUACGUGCAGGUGGUUCCAGAGUCAAGAGCACUUAGUGCACAAGCUUAUCUUCUUUUUUAUGAAAGAAUAUUGUAAUUAGCUGUUAACUGUUAGUUAGCUCAUCUGUAUUUUAAUGCUGCAGUGGUAAGCAUAACAUGUAAUGUGCCUUUGUAGUCUUUAGAAAUAGUGCAUCUUUCCAGCGUUAUCUAAUUUUUUCAUCAUGUGGUAAAUCCUUUAAAAAUAAAUUAAUGCACCAGGC